AUGUCGUCCAAAGUCUUCAUCGUCACCGGAGCAAGCAAGGGUAUCGGCGCAGCCAUCACGCAGCGUCUGCUCAGCCAAGGCAACAAAGUCGUCCUCACGGCCCGGUCAAAGGAUGCCCUCGAGGCUGUGAAAAGCUCGCACCCCGGUCGUGUCGAGUAUGUCGCCGGAGACAUGACAGAUGCUGGCAUCUCGGAAAAGAUUGUGGCGGCUGCCGUGUCGGCGUUUGGACGGGUUGAUGGCCUAGUCAUCAACCAUGGUAUCCUGUCGCCUAACAAGCUGUCUGAGGCCCCCAUUGAGGAAGUCAGGCACGUCUACGAUGUCAAUGUUUUUUCCUACCUUGCUAUUGCCAAGGCGGCACUGGAUGAACUGCGCACAUCCAAGGGCAGCAUCGUCUGGAUCUCUUCCGGAGCUGCUAGCAAAGCCUACGCUGCAUGGGGUGCCUACGGGUCGUCCAAGGCGGCAGUCAACUCCCUCUCUGGGCACUUUGCCGCCGAGGAAAAGGACAUCACCAGCAUUGCCAUUGCCCCCGGACGUGUCAACACCGACAUGCAGGCCGACAUUCGCGCCCAGGGCAAGGAGAGGAUGGACAAGGCUCAGUACGAAAAUUUUGUCGAAGCCUUUACCACCGGUAUUCUUCUCAAGCCUGAGCAGCCGGGCUAUGUCGUUGCUGACUUGGUUGCCAAGCCGGCGAAGGAGCUCAGUGGCAAGUUUCUCAACUGGAACUCACCGGAGCUGGCGGCUUACCAGCAAUAG